AUGGCAAUCACUAGAGCAUGCAAGCCAGCAGAUCUAGGAUAUUGCUCAAGGUCCCUGGGAGGAUCCGAACUGAUUAUGCUCCUAGGUCCCUUGCUGUAUAACUCAGCGAAUGCUCCUCGGAAUCCGUCUUUCGUGGCGGAGGCGCGGGGCCAGGAUGGUGGCUUAGGAACCCACAAAACGCAAGACUGCCUGGUUUGA